GCCGGGCGCUGGAGGUGGGUGACAUGCCGUGAGGCAACUGAGUUCGUUACCGGGGGCCGCGGACGCCGCCAUGUUCCGCCGGUCCCGCCUCAACGUGCGGCCCAAUGUGCGACCCGCGGGCAGGGGUGCCGGUGGCGCGGCGGAGCCGGAGUCUCACGGGUCGGGCUCCCCGGCGGCUGCCAGGGCAGAGGCUGCGGCGGGAGCGGCGGCCGAGCCCCCGCCGGCCGCGGGGCCGGUCGAGAGCGAUGACAAGGCUGAUAGCUCAAAUGAUGCUGGAGAAGCUAGUAAGCCUGCAGAGAUGCCUACUCAGAGAAGAAAACGGAUCUCCACCAUGCCCAAUCUUGUCAAACCCAGAGCUGGACCUUCAUCUGCUCAGUGUGCUGCAUCAAAACCACAAAGGCGAGCAUCACAGGCUCCUGAUAGCAGUGCUUCACUUCAGAAGGAUUCCUCUCCAUCAGAAGAGAGUAAUGUUGAAAGCUCCUUAAAGUCUCCCAUGCUGCCUGAAAAGAAGACGCCUGUGCCACAAGUGCCACAGUUUUCCCCACUAAAAAAACCGGUGAACAAAGAGCAAACUGUAGGUGUAGCUGCUCAAAAAAAUGAUGAUACCUUGCAGAAGAAUGUACCCUCCCCACUCAAGGAGAGACCAACACAGGAAAGAUCAGGAACACCAGAAGAAAAGCUACUUACAAAACCUGUUCCCAUAAAAGAGAAACGAGUAUGUUCUGACCGUGAAAGGAUCCUCAAAGCUCGGAAGUUAAGAGAAAUGCUUAAGGAAGAGCUUAAGAAAGAGCGGAUGUUGAAACACAGGCCUCCAGUAAUUGAAGGACGUUCUCCACCAGAUCGUUCUAAAAUGACCAUGAGAGACUUGAUAUACUAUCUGCCAGAAAACAAUCCUAUGAAGUCUUCACUGGCAGAAGAAAAGAGAACAGAAAAAAAUUCUGCACUGGGUCAAAUGAAAGAGCAGGAAGAGAAAAGCACUCCUGAUCAUGAAGCAGAAGAGGAGGAGGAAGAAGCAGAGAAUGGGGAGGAGAGUCUGGACGGUCCACUCCUAGUCCCUCGUGUGAAAGUAGCAGAAGAUGGUUCAAUUAUUCUGGAUGAAGAAAGUUUAACUGUAGAAGUUCUAAGAACAAAAGGUCCAUGUGUUGUAGAAGAAAAUGAUCCCAUCUUUGAGCGUGGCUCUACAACUACAUAUUCCAGCUUCAGGAAAAGCUUUUACACAAAACCAUGGUCAAAUAAAGAAACAGACAUGUUCUUUUUAGCUAUCAGUAUGGUAGGAACAGACUUCUCCUUGAUUGGACGGCUGUUUCCUCAUAGAGCCAGAGCAGAAAUUAAGAACAAGUUCAAACGUGAGGAAAAAGCUAAUGGAUGGAGGAUAGACAAAGCUUUCAAAGAGAAGCGGCCCUUUGAUUUUGAAUUCUUUGCCCAGUUGCUUGAGAAGGUCUUAGCAGAUGAGGAAAAGAGGAAGCAAAAAACUGUUAAAAGCCAGAAGCAAAAGGAAAAGAAGCCAUCAAGGCCUCGGAAGAAGCCAAAAGCAAAAGCUGCCAACACAGAAGCUGCUAGUGAUCAAGAUGAUCUUCAGGAAGCCAGAAUUUCUGAUACAGAAACAGAAGCAGAUGCUGUGACGGCUGAGAAGGAAAAUGAGGAAUCCUUGGGCGUUUCUGAACAGGCAGAAGAACAGCUUGCAAUAGAGCCAGCAUUAGCAAAAAAGAAGAGAAAGAAGAGGAAAAAAGAUGAUCUUGAACAGGAAGUGGAGAAUCUUCCAGAAGAAAUGGCUGUCCAUUCAAAAAUUGCUGAAGACGAUAAAUCCCCUAAGAAAACAGAAAAACAAAUGGUGUGUGAUGCAAACAACGAUGGUCAUAGUACCUGUAGAGAAGAACUGGAUAGAGUUAUUGAAGAAAAACAAUAUGAGAGUGCAGUUACAGAGGAAGAGAGAUCAGAGUCUUGUUUAUCAGCAGAAUGUGUAACGGAGAGAGAAAAGGAUGUCAGUUCAUGCAGCUUUGAACAUACCAAUGAUGUUAUACUAGAAAAGGAACCUACUGAACUGAGAACCCUAGAUAUUAGAGAUGAUACAUCACAGGAAAGCCAGAUUUCAGAGUUACUUGUUUCAAACAUUAGAAGCAAUAAAAGACAAUCUGAAGAAACCAGAGGAACAAAGAACAAAGACAUACAUGAUUUUCAUAGACUAGAGGAAAAGCAGAGUGUGUCAGACAGUGACUCUCAGUCUGAAAUCAUGAAAACUGAAAACCCACUAGACAGAGGACGCUUGCAAAGACCUAAACCCAGUUUAGUGAGAUUAUCUGAAAGGAGAGAAGCAGCAGCCCAAGAGAAAAUGGAGGGUGAGACUUCCUCUCCAAAACUUGUGAAGACAGAUGAAAAGUGCUCUGAGGCAGACAGUAGAAGAAGCAGAAAUGAAGUCACAGAGGUAGAGAAAAUGGAUUUGGAUGCUAAAUCUGAAGAACCUGAAGAAAGAGUAACUUCAAAGGCAAAGGUUAGAGGACGUCAAAAGAGAUUUAAGCCUAAUGUUACAAGAGUGUCUGGAAGGAAAGAAGAGCCUGGAAAAGAUGCAGGAAAUGAUUAUACAAUGUCCCAUCCACAGCCUAAGAGAAAAACCGAACAGAAUACUGACCAAAGUUACGGUUCGGAUGCUGUCGGUGAAGCAGCUGCAGAAAAAGAUGAUGAAGUCCUGGAGACAGUGUCUCAGUCUAAUGAAUCAGCUGGCUUAGAAGAAGACAGCAAACAGAGUGUUCUGAAACCAACACCUUUGAAGAGAGGCAGAGAAGAGAGACCAAAACCAAACCUAGGAAGAACUAUUGCAAGGGAAAAAGACCUGACAAAUGAAGAAGAUCCUGAAGAGGAGAAAACCAAAGGUGGAGAAGUAGAAGAAAGUGUGAUACACCACAGGGAUGAAAACAAUGAUCCAUGCCUCAGAAAUGAUGUGAUGUUUCAUGAAGACACUCAGCCAUGCAAUGUGAUGUUGGAAGGGGAUGUUUCUAUGGAAUCUGGGGUGAACUCAGGACAUACAGGGGAGUGUUCCCAUGAAAAAUCCUCAGAAGCAGUCAGCUAUGAAUGUGAAAAGGCAUUGUCAGAUGUCUUGAAACAGGUUUCAGAUUUCAGUAUAGGGGAAUCUGUUCUUCAGAAGGAAGAGGAGAAAACUGUUACAUCAUCAGCUUGGCUACAGAGGAGUCGAUUCCAGAAACCAAAGCCAAAUUUAAAAAUGACAACUAGUAGAAAGGAAGUGCUGGAUGUAAAUAAUAAAGUUGUAUCACAGAAAGAUACCAACAAGGAAGAAAGCUUGACACAGUGUGGCAGUGAAUGUAGUAUUCUUCCUGAUACAGCUAAAGUGGGAAAAUAUGAAGUCCUGCAACCACUGGAAUCCUUAGGAAAGGAGAAAUUAUUUGGCUUUCAGGAGGUUUCUGAGAGGCCAAGUUCUAAGUCCCCAAAGACACUUUCAAGGUCAGAGGAUGGUGAACUCAAGUUUUGUCCACCUGAAAUUAACCAAGAUGCCACCUCAACUACUAAUGCAGGCAUUGAUAGCACAAACAGCACUGAAGAAGAAAGUAAACGAACACCUCUUCAACCUGUCCCGUUAGUGCGAAGCAGAUUUCAAAGGUAUAAGCCAAACUUGGGAAGAGCUGUUGGAAAGAAGGAAUUGCGAAUAUCAGGAAGUGAGAGGGAGAAAAAGCCUGAAGCAGAGCGGUUGAUAUUGCAAAAAGAUGAGUCUGCUAAUACUGUCGUGGGUGAAAAUGAAGCUGUAUUGUGUCAAGCAGAUGUAUUGAGCAAUGAGGAACAGGAACAACAAGAGGUGCCUCAGGUGCCCUGUAUUUCUGAAAACAUAUUGUGUGAACAAAGCAGUGCUGAGAAAUCUGCUUCCCAAGAAGAUAAGCUGGUUGCUGUGAAACCAGGACAAUUCAUAAGGAAUGGAUCUCAGAGAACUAGCCCAAACCUGGAAAGCACAUAUAGCGAAAAAGAAUCUCCAGUGCCACAAAAACUUGCCUCUCCAGUUGAGGAAGAAGCAAAUAAAGGAAAGAAUCUUCUUGUGACAGAAGAAUCUGAGGAAUCUCUUUCCUCAAAAGAUGACAUGGAAGUAUUGUUAUCUGGGGGGGAUUUGGCCAAGAAUGACAAUCUAGACAUAAAUCCAAGAAGUAUGACGUCAGAAAAACUCUGUUCCUCUAAAAAAUCACCUAACUGCCACAGCAAGGGAGAACAAGAAGAAUGCCUAUCUACAGAUUCUAUAGAAAGCAUUCAGGAUACCGUAGAAAGGUCCAGUGAUAAAUUAAGUUCUGGAGAAGAAAGUAAACAGAGUGAUACAAAACCUUUGCUUCAAGCGAGGGAAAUCCUGUGGAACCCAAGGCCAAACCUAAUGGAAAUUACGAGAAAAAGAGAUUAUUGUGAAGAAGAUGAAAACAGAGAAGAGGACAAGACUGACAAUAGAAAUGCAGAAGAGUGUUUGGUGUCAGAAAAAACAGAUGUAUUGAUGCAAAACUCCAGUAACAUAGUGGAAGCUGCAUCCUUCCCGGAGGCUACAAGAAAACACAAUUUUACAGACUCUGUUGAAGAAACAUCUUGUAAAAGAAUCAGGCAGGAUAGUAGUCUUCAGUCUUUAGAGAUAUCAUCAGAGAGCGAGAGUGAAGUAGAAGAUGAUGAUGAUUACCGGCUUUAUACCUCUCAGGAAAAAAGUUCAGACAAUCUCACAAGAAGGCAGUCCAGAAGGUCAUCAGAAUGGAUAGCUCUGCCAAAAUGUGCCUCAGAGCUAAGAAGUCCUACUUCUUCUGCCUCUGAAUGUGAGGCUGAUUGCAAUGAGAAGUGGAAUCAAUGGCAAGAACUUAAACUGAGUCUUACUGGAGGCAAAAGUUUGAAAACUAGACAUAGAAGGAAAUAUAGGAAGGCGCACAGAAGUACAAAGAUAACCCUGGUGACCCUGCGGGCUUCUCAAGAGGAAGAGGAGGAAGAGGAAGAUGACUUUGAACCUGAGGAUGAAGAUCAAUGCUUUGCACCAGAGGAAGUAAACAAAGCUCCAGUGUUUGUUCCUAUAGGUCUGCGAUCUCCAAAACCUGUUCCUGUUCAGAUAGAGGAAAUCAUGGAGGAGCUGGAAAUACCUGUGAAUCUACCAGAUGUGCAGAUGGCUUCUGAUGUUGAAAGUCUCUGUCAUGCAUCUGUCCAGCCAGUGGUACAGAAGGAGGAAAAAGAAACAACCGUACAUGAAAAUCCAGAGGUGGACAAAGGAAUUAAUGAUGGAAGCGCUGAAGCUGCCAUGACUUUACUUGCAAUGGGUGAUCCAAUGUUCCAGUUAAGCACAAGCACUGAAGAAUGGACACACAUGUUACCCGCUCAAGAUGAGUUGGACAUGGCCAAUAGCCUUGUAACCCAUGCCUACUCCAAACAAAAUAGAUCUCCUAGUCAGUAUUUAUUUUCUUCGGACAUUUCUACCAAGGAAUUAGUCCCUUCUGAGGAUGGAAUCAUCAUUAAUGUAGAGGAUCAAAGCACUGGCACAAAUAUAGUUGUCGAAGAAUAUUUUGAGAAAAAUGCUACAGAUACCAGAAUAGAGAUGAGAGAUACUUGUGGAAAUUCAGGAGAUUUAAUACCUAUAUCUGCAUCACCGAAACCUGGAAAAUCUCACCUUGGACUAGAGGAUUAUCCAAGUCAAACUUCUGUGGUUGGAAUUCCUGAGCAAAAUCCCUGCCCUCCUGACUACAAUAUAUUCACAAUCAACUUUAGUCAGAAGGAAGCUUGUACUCAGGAUUCUCAACAACAAUGUGUAAGCAGCACAGAAGAGACUUCAGUAGAGAAUGACAAUCAUACCUGUCCGGAGGAGGAACAGACAUUCAUUUUAACAUUGGUGGAAAUCCCAGCUGACUCACGAGAGUUUAAUGCAUCUGCUUUACUGGAACAAACUUCAGAACCAUUACUACCAGCCCCAAUACUUAUCAGCCCGGUAAAUGCAAGUGAGACAAGUGUGAUUGAAGUGGAGAGAAACAGCAUUGGAUCCAAGACAACUGCAGCUGAUGAAUUUACAGCACCUUUAAACAGCGGUAUGGAAACCAAACAACUAGAGAGUUCAUCAGUAGAGCCUGUUCCAAAUUUGCAGACAACUCAGAAAAGGUCAGCCGCUGAGCUUGAAGAGAAUGAUUUUCCUCCUGCCAAGAAAACUCUGUCUACUGUUGUAGGGGAAGGUAACUUGGAAACCACUUAUAAGUGUUAUUCAAUAACAUCCACGAAUGCUCCAGUGAUAGCUUCUGGGAAUCCUUUUCAAAAAACAGGGCCUUCAGCAAAGGAAGAAGUACUUACCUCUAUGAUGUCUGAGUCUAUGUCACCAAUGGCUGAGAGAAGCCAGCUUGAGACUUCGGAGAACUUAGGGAAAGUACCGCUUGAGAAUUCAGCAUCCAGACAGGAAGAGGAGGUCACGUCCAGAUCAACCUCUAACAGAAAAGCAGAAAUAAGUGGACAAGGAAAUCAGGGGGAUGUGCAUGAAUCAGAACAUACUGAAAGCCUAACAUCAUCUUCCAAAAAUCUAUUACUCAGGGGUGGACGAAAACCAUUGGGAUUUUUAUCUUUAAUUUGCAAAAAAAGUAGUUCUGAAUCUGCAGAAGAUACCAAAAAGAAUAGAGGGAAGAUCCAAAAACCUCGGAUUGUGACUCCAAUGCGAAGUCUAAAAAACCCCACUCCAUCCACUAAGGAUGAUAGGGAAUCGUGUUCUCUUCCCGCUACAAGCAUGUCAUCAUCUGUGGAGUACGAGAAUGUAGCUGCUGAUGCAGCAGUUACGGUUCCAAGUAAUGAGCCAUCUGAGAAGGCACCCCUUUGUGUUAAAGAUGAAGAGAAGGAAGAAGAGCCAACCAGAAUCUCUGAGUAUUUUUUCAGUGACAUCUUUAUGGAAGUGGAUGAUUCAGAAUAGCAAAUUUGCUUUAUAAAAACCUGGGAUCUGAGAGUAUAAUGCAACAAGAGCAGAGCAUUUUUAAAAAGUUCUGAUCUGUUGUGAUGUUCAUUAUACCACACUCUUACUGUCAGUCAAGAUGUUGUUGUUAAAUUCCAUAAAGAUGAAACUAAUUCCUUCUGAAGCAACCUGGAUACUCUUAAAAUUUGACAUCUAAACCAAUACAUUGAUGUCAUUGGACCAGACCAGUGGCUGCUGGCUUCUAGUUUCACUUAUUUAGGUGCUGUUAAUGGGUGCCUGACUAUCUUCCAGAAAAGUGCAAUGAAAAAAAUGCUUAAUCUUGUGACAAGCAUCCCUUUAAAUUUUAAUGCUAAAGCUUGAGGUUCUGGUUAUACAAGUUCUUUACUACUUUUUGUGAAGUACGUUAUGUUAGUGUGUUAGAAGGAGGAAUUAACCUUUCAUGUGUAGUGUCAUCUCUGAAGAUCAGGAUGCAAAUACUGGAAGUAGUAUAGUAAAUACAUAGGUAUGUUCAGCACUGCAGAUAUUUUUAUUAGGAUCUCCAAAUGAUGUAUUUUUGUAAGAGCUUUUAAUUACAUAAAAGGUCCUAACCUGAAAAGCCAAAUGGGUUUAGUUCCUCCAAAAUGUAUUGAGAACAAAUGGAAAAACAUAAUUUACUAAAAGAUGCUACACAAUGUUAAUCUUUGCAACUGUCCUAUUGGAGUGGGAGGAAGAGGUUAAUGUUUACUAGUAUAAAUGCUAAUUUCCUUCUAAAUUUGAAAACAAGGGGAUACAUACUGUUUCUUUUCUGUGCUUUAUAUGUAGGUAUUUGUGUAUCUGCUGACUUCUUUGGUUUCCCUAGUGCAAAGUUGCACAGAGAUUGAAUUUCAACUAUGACUGUAAAAUGUGGUUGUUCUGAGGAUUUGCUACUUUGAAGCAGUUGAAUUUGAAUGGUUUUCCUUAUGUUGCAUGUCUACUUAUACCGUAGCUCGCUAUAAAAUGCUGGUGUAGCUUUAGAUUUGUAGUUUAAUUUUUCACUUACCUCGUCAAGAAGAUUGUCGUGAUGAGGUAAAAAAGUUCAUGCAGUCUUAAAGUCAGGUGGUCACUGAAAGAUUCAGUAUUUAUUUUGAAACUCCUUAUUUUACAGAAGUGAGUGUGUAGACUUACGUAGCCUAAAUUUUUCUCCUGUUACUUAAUGCAAAUUGCUACAUUACCAGGCCUCUGACAAUCAAAUAUCACUAGCAGCGGUAUCUUCUUGAGGUGUUGGAAAAGGGACUAACAGUCCCAGUGUAAACUAACUUACUUGAAAGUGUACUGUCACUGCCCGCCCCGAAACAUACUACAAAAAGAAAACAAAACACAAAAAACCACACAUAGAAAAAACACACACCACCACCACUUUCUUUUCAGACAGUAUCUUGUACUCUGCCUAAUCCAUUUAACUUGAAAUGUUUAUCUAAAUAUUGUCUUACUGUAAACAUUAUGAAAUAGAUUAAUCUAUACAUAAAGCUCCAUCUAUUGUAUAUCCUGUAGAUAUUAUUUUAUGUAUACAAGUGUUUAGUUCCUGAUACAUGAGGCAUGUUUAAAUCACUUGCACUGAUAGAGCCUAAAAAUAGAUUUGUGGGGAGUGGCUAUAAAAUAAUUGCCCUAAGUACUUUCCUGAGGUUAUAACCAUUCUACAUUUAGUUGUGUACGUUUUAGUUUGCAUUCAUAAGACAAGAAAAAAAAAACCACAAUUCUUCCAUUAUUAAGAUUUAAGGUGCCUUAUCUACCUUGUUAAUUGGGGCUACGCAUUUUCUUUUCCCUUGCAGUAAAUCAUAUGCACUUUGCUAGAGGAUUAUUUUUUUUAAUAAAUUCAAUUUGAAUAGAGAUAAGACAACUUUGUGUUCUGUUUGUGUAUGAAAGUUUUAUAAUGGUGAAGGAAGUAAGAAAAGAUCAGUGAAAUCUCAGUGCCUAUUAGUUUAGCAUUUUUACACAGAUGUGGCAUAACACUGCUUUGCUUUGAGUUGUGUGGCACCCUGCAUCUUUGCAUGUAAGUUUUCUAUUUCAGAGAAAGUAGUAGUCAUUCUGUCUGUAAAUUGUGUGAAUAAAUUAUUUUAUAUUA